AACUCAUAUCACAUAAGUGGAAGUGGCAUAUCCUCUUUGAAGAGUGUAUAGUGCAGCAAAGCAAGAGCAAUGUGGGCAGUAUGUUCAUCUGAGUGCAAGUGUGUUCCUAGUUUAUGAUUGUGUUCAUCUGCAGUGUCUUUAAAAAAAAAAAGUGGUCCAUUUUGGGAAAUGUGCUGUGAUUUAAAAAGGAGGUUUUUGCUCCUCUAUGCAACACAAAAGGGGCAGGCAAAAGCCAUAGCUGAGGAAAUAUGGCAGCAAGCAGGUGCCCAUGGACUUGAAGCUGAUAUGCACUGUAUAAGUGAAAUGGACAAGUAUAACCUGGAAACAGAAAAGGAUCCUGUAGUUAUUGUUAUUUCCACUACCGGUACUGGAGACCCACCAGACGCUGCCCGCAAGUUUGUAAAGAAAAUUCAAGACACGACCUUGCCACCUGAUCAUUUUGCCCAUCUCCAGUAUGGAUUGCUAGGUCUGGGAGAUUCAGAGUACACAUUCUUUUGUAAUGGUGGAAAGACAGUAGACCGACGACUUCAAGAACUUGGUGCCCAGCACUUCUACAACACAGGAUUAGCAGACGAUUGUGUAGGUUUGGAACUAGUGGUUGAUCCUUGGAUUGAUGGACUUUGGCUUGCCCUCAAGGAAGCAUUUCUAUUGCAGAAAGAAAAAGAAGGCAUGAGCAGCGAUACUGUUUCUAGCUCGCUCUCUGCAGCCCCGCACGUUGGGCAUGAACUAAACUUAAGCUCAGAAGUACAGAACUUGAAGCUAGAAGAUGAAAGAGUGAGGAGUUCUGAUGUUCUGACACAAAAACUGGUUGACAUCCAUCUUGUGGCUUCAACUAGAGACACUGAACCUUCACUUGUUCAUUCUGUCCCGCCUGUCUCUCAGUCUGCUCUUAGUAUUCCUGCCUUGCCACCAGAAUACAUAGAGGUGCAGUUUCAGGACACCCAUGGUGAGAAUCCACAUCUGUCCUCACUGAUUUCAGAGGGAACAACCUUUGAAGUGCCAGUUACAAAAGCAGUUCAGCUCACUAGAGAAGAUGCGAUAAAAACUGCAUUGCUCUUAGAACUUGAUAUUGCAGAUACAGUCUUUGACUACCAACCUGGAGAUGCCUUCUGUGUAAUAUGUCCCAACAAUGUCAAUGAGGUGGAAGAACUUCUUCACAUCUUGGGACUUUCUGAAAAAGGAGAGUACUUCGUUUGUAUAAGGGUUAAGGAGGGCACUAAAAAGAAAGGAGCAGCUCAUCCACAACACAUCCCUGAAAGAAGCACUCUGAAAUUCAUUCUAACCUGGUGUCUGGAAAUAAGAGCAAUUCCCAAAAAGGCAUUUUUGCGAGCUCUUGUAGAAUGUACCAGUGAUGCGGGAGAAAAACGGAGGCUUCAAGAGCUUUGCAGCAGACAAGGAGCCUCUGAUUACACACGCUUUGUUAGAGAUUCUAAUGUUUGCUUGCUGGACUUACUUCAUGCUUUUCCAAGCUGCAAGCCUUCACUUAACCUGUUAAUUGAACAUCUUCCUAAAUUGCAAGCCAGAUCCUAUUCAGUGUCAAGUUCAAACUUGUAUCAGCCAGGAAAACUGUGUUUUGUAUUUAAUAUUGUGGAGUUCCCUGCCUGUCCUGCUAGACCAAUCUCACGGAAAGGAGUAUGUACAGGGUGGCUUGCUGAGUUAGUUGCACCUCUACUGCACCCCAAUAAAAACACUCUGGAUACAAAAGGAGGAAGCUCUUCAACUGAAAAGAUAUCUAUUUUUGCUCGUCCAAACAAUAAUUUCCACUUACCUGCAGACCCAUCUGUCCCAUUCGUGAUGGUUGGUCCAGGAACAGGAAUUUCACCAUUUAUUGGUUUCCUACAACAUAGGCAAAAGCUGAGAGAAGAACAUACAGACUGGGAAUUUGGAGAGACAUGGCUGGUUUUUGGUUGUCGGCAUCAGGAUCGAGACUAUUUGUUCAAAGAUGAGCUCAGAUGUUUUCUUGAAAAUGGCACAUUAACUCAUCUUAAGGUUUGUUUCUCAAGAGACUCUUCAACUGCAGAAGUAGCCCCGCCUAAAUAUGUGCAAGAUGUCAUUAGGCUUUAUGCAAAGGAAAUUGCCAGAGUCCUGCUGAAAGAGAGAGGUUACUUCUAUGUAUGUGGGUGAGUAGAGUGGAGAUGGACUGUCUCAGAAAGAGAACAGAGUUAGCAGAAGUUUGA